AAACAGGCCGUUUGGCCUGCGCCUGUAAUAAUGGCAGCGCUUUUGCCCUUCAAGGUGCCCCAAAUCAGCGAGGCUGAUAUGUUUGCUUUCCAUGAAGCCCACUUCUCCAACCUGUCCACAGGCCACUUUGAGUCUCAUUUCCUUCGUCCAAACGACUCGGUUGUCGCUUCUGCCAGCGCCACAGCCGAUGAAAUAGAAGGGGGCCAUGCCGAAGAGGAGCAUUACCAUGAAGAAUACGAAGAAGAUUACUACGAUGAGGAUGAUGACGGCCUGGGUUAUUACCCCGACGGCGUCAAGCGAACUCUGACAGAUGAGCAAAUUGCCAUCUUCCGGCACUCGGAACUCGAAGCCAUGCGUCGUGUGAGGGAGUCUGCCAAGAUCAAGAAGGUCAUGGAUCCCGCGGCGGACGGCGUCGUUGUUAUUGAGGGUGCCAUAGGGGAGCAGCUCUCUGAGGGCGAGAUCGAUUCUUCUCCAAAGGAAGCGGGGGUGGGAUCUUCUCAGCAUCAGCAGCAGCAGAAGAAAAAGAAGGAAAGUAAUAACAGGAACAAGAACAAGCGUCGCGGAGGCAAGAAAAAUAACCACAACAGACUUGAUGGAGGUGAGCAGAUCGAUUUGCGCAAGCGCACGUGGGACGUUGUCAACAAGGGACUUGCUUCUUUGGACUACGGAGAGGAAGAACAUGGCCAGCAUUCCGACGAGAGAUCGAUGCAGAGACGUCGGAUUUCGUAUGAUGAUUGAAGAAAUGGCUCCAGCACUGUCUUGAUAUAGCAUGCGCAGGCGGGGUAACUCACCCAACGCAGUCUACGACAGGCCACCAGGGCAGUCGGGUGCCCCUGCGAGCUCACACGUGAGACUUGGUCGAUGAUAUUACAGAUGCUUGUCCUGAUGAGAACGCAAGAUUUUACGAAACACUUGGUUCAGUAACGGUUACGACAUUGUCGCGGGUUUGCGCUAUAGCUCUAACAUGAUGCCUCCAAAAUUGCAACGAGUGGAAUUGUCGCCGUUCAUGGUCAUUGGGUUCUAACAAAAGUGUAUGUGUAUUGAUGAACAUCAUCAGUCUGGAGGAAAAAUGGUCUUUACGCUCAUCUAGAAAGUAGUGGAGAUACCUCGGGGCAUUACUUACUCCUGCUGUCCGUAGAGGUAUCCUAUGUUAAAGUAGAUGACCGGCCUGUUAACUGCAUACUAU